CUUGCCAUCUUAGACUAGUCUCGGCAGGGAGGUGACAGGCGGGGGGAAGAAGAAACUUUGUUAGCUUGACGAGAAGCUUUAGCCCUCUGCUAGUUCUAGUCCCAGUUCGUCAUCUUGGGUUUAAUCCUGUGGUGCUGAGAAGUGAUGCUGGGGGUGGCGGGAAUGACGGGCAGCAUUGCUAAUGCCCUGGCCAGUGCGGCCUGUGAGCGAUGUAAAAGUGGCUUUGCUCCAACUGAGAAGAUUGUAAACAGUAAUGGAGAGCUGUACCAUGAGCAGUGCUUUGUGUGUGCCCAGUGCUUCCAGCAGUUUCCUGAGGGACUCUUCUAUGAGUUUGAAGGAAGAAAAUAUUGUGAACAUGACUUCCAGAUGCUCUUUGCUCCUUGCUGUCAUCAGUGUGGAGAGUUCAUCAUUGGUCGUGUCAUCAAGGCCAUGAAUAAUAGUUGGCACCCUGACUGUUUCUGCUGUGACAUUUGCCAAGCUGUGCUUGCAGAUGUGGGAUUUGUCAAAAAUGCUGGGAGGCACCUAUGUCGCCCGUGCCAUAACCGUGAGAAAGCUCGCGGGCUGGGCAAGUAUAUCUGCCAGAAGUGUCACGCGAUUAUUGAAGAGCAGCCACUGAUCUUCAAGAAUGAUCCCUAUCAUCCUGACCACUUCAACUGCAACAACUGUGGGAAGGAGUUGACAGCAGAUGCCAGGGAGCUGAAGGGAGAGCUCUUCUGUUUGCCCUGCCAUGACAAGAUGGGUGUACCAAUCUGUGGUGCCUGCAGGAGACCCAUUGAGGGUCGUGUCGUCAAUGCCAUGGGCAAGCAGUGGCAUGUGGAGCAUUUUGUGUGCGCCAAGUGUGAGAAACCGUUCCUUGGUCAUCGUCACUAUGAAAGAAAGGGACUGGCUUACUGUGAGACACAUUAUAAUCAACUCUUUGGCGAUGUCUGCUAUCACUGCAACCGCGUCAUUGAGGGUGAUGUUGUAUCUGCCCUCAACAAGGCCUGGUGUGUUUCUUGUUUCUCAUGCUCCACCUGCCACACAAAACUCACUCUCAAAAACAAGUUUGUGGAGUUUGACAUGAAGCCAGUCUGUAAAAAGUGUUAUGAGAAGUUUCCUCUGGAGCUGAAGAAAAGGCUGAAGAAGCUGGCGGAGGCUUUGGGACGCAAGUGAACUGCUUCAGCCAGACAUCAUCACCACCACCACUCUAUUCCUGCUACACAGACGUGUGUCAGCUGCUUUAUAACAUAACAGCAUAACAUUGUACCAUACAAAAUGUAAAUGAGGGAUCUAUGUCAUUUUUUUUAUGUACAUUCCUAAAAAGUCUAUGUUUCCUCUUGUAGCCAACAAUCAUACUGUUUACAUUUUUUUACAUGCUGAGUUGUGUCUAAAAAUGUCCUGAAUUUGUAUUGGAAUUAUACUGUGUUUGAAAUGUAACUGGCAUAUAAAUGUACAGUAUAUACAUACAUGAUACAUUAAUAUACAUACAUGAUACAUGAAUAUUAUUUGGCUAAUAUUAAAGAAAAAUUAAUGUUUCAAGAGUAAAAUAAGUUAUGAGCCAGUACAAAUACACGGUGUUAAUAAGGUUUUUUCUUAUAAAUGUAAUGACUAUAACGGUUUUCCUUUGGUACUUUGGCACAGCAUGAUCUGAUAAGUAUUUAUUCAGCAACAUCAAUAUUUCAAUGCAUUCAUUUCUUGUCAAUUUACAUCAAAAUCUUAAUAUUUUGAAAGGUGACAUUUGGAGAAAAUCUUAAUCUUUAAACCCGUGGCUGUUUAGCCACUGGUCAAUGGAAUCCAGAUGAAACAAACCUGCUGAUGAUUUUAUGACAACAUUUUGAUGUUUAACAUAUUGUUGAGUCAGCACAUUGAUUUUAUUUACAUCAGUGACAUACAACAAACAUUAUAUUUGCAGGAAUGAGUAUUUUUUUAAAAAUUAUAAAAUGCUUUUUCAUGUUUUGUUUGAAUUUGUGUUUGAUUUGCAUGAAAUGGACAUUUACCGUUUAUUAUUAUUAUACAGUAUUGAGCUGUGAAUGAUCAAUAAACUUUGCCUUAACACAUGACAAUGCAUUUUAAUUCAUAAAAUACCAAAUGUGCAGUAUACAAUAAUACAAUAAAAAUGAAAGCCUUUACAACCAGUGUGAACACUAAUAAAGUGAAAAGUCAUGCAGAUUUGUGCGUGAAUUAACUUCCCGUUUAAGUCAUGUAAUAUGUAAUUAAACGUUUUUAUUGAA